AUGCAGAGUCAGAAUGAAUAUCUCCGGCAAUGGAAGCGCAAGUUCAAGGACUACAUAAAUUUACUCAUGGUCCGAGAAACCCCUCCUCUGGACCGGCUUUGUGAAGUUUGCAAGAAGGAUGGGGUUUAUAAAUGCCACGGGUGUUUCAACGAGCCCCUGUUUUGCACAGAGUGCUGCAGAACCCAGCAUCAAAGACACCCUUUCCAUCGCAUCAGUCAAUGGACUGGAUCAUUUUUUCAAGAAACUUCACUUAUGAAAGUCGGCCUGCACAUUCACCUUGCUCAUGAUGGCACUCCAUGUCCCAGCAGCACUGAAUACUCAUCAGACCUCUUUGAAUGGUCAGAUACCAAUGAACAUAUAGACCAUAAUGAUUAUCUGGAGGGAACUUCCAUUCCACUUGUCGCAGACUCAGAUCAUCCGGCUACAACCAUAGUCAACAAAUCCGGUGUUCACUCCGUAUCCAUAUGGUAUUGCCACUGCCCCGGAGCUCUAAACCCGGAUAUGCAGCUCUUUCAAGCAGGCUUAUUUCCAGCAUCCUUCACCAGACCAAAAACUGCAUUCACAUUCUCCAUGUUGGACAACUUUCUGCUAGACAACCUGGAAUAUGGUACAUCAGCCAUGAAUUACUACAGUAAGAUCCGGAGGCUAACCUCCAGCAUCUUUCCAUUGAUGGUUCCGGAUCGCUACAGAGAGCUCAUGAGGACUGCCAGACAAUGGCGUCAAUGUAAGCUCUACAAGUGGCAUGGGUUUGCCCGUAAAAACGAUGAGCCUAAGACCGGUGACCUCGCCCUAUUCUGUCCGGCAUGUCCUCAACCGGGGAUAAAUUUGGACCGGUCAACCGGUACGGCCACUCAGCCGGACGACACCCCUUCCUGGCUCUUCACCAGGACUUUGGUCAUGGAUGGUAAUUUUAAAGCCGAGCACCUCCAUCCAGUGAAUCCAUCCGAUGAAGUAUCAUUGAUUGAUGGUCUUGCAUUCAUGGUCGGAGAUGAAAGAUACAAGAGUCAUUUGGCUGUUGCCCAAGACCGUGUCCAAAAGUCAGAUUGUAACAAUCACCAUGCAGUCAAUCAAGCCAAUGCCUCCCGACAAAAGCUAGAGGCCACAGGUAUAGGAGGAUGUGCAUGUGCACGGCAUGGAUGUUUUGUCCCACAUUCCAUGGUGGAUUUUCAGAAGGGUGAAAGGCAGAUGAACAUGGACUAUGCCUUGAGUCAGGCACUCAACUACAAUACAGAUGGAAUCUCACGAGCAAUAAUGUUCUAUGAUAUAAAUUGUCAGUAUAAUAAGUUUCUCAAGGACUGGAUCGCAUCAAGCAUGUAUCUGUCCAUCCCCAUUAGCAUGGAUAUCAUUCCUGGAAUAGGUUUGUGGCAUGUGCAUGGCCAUCAGGACAGCUGCUAUGUCCGGUAUGCAUCGAAUUUUAUCCAUGGGACCGGCAGGAUAGAUGGAGAGAUCAUGGAAACACUCUGGGCAUCUUUGAACAUAAUCUCCCCGUCAGCCAGGGGCAUGGGAACUCCUCAUCGCAAGGAGGUAUUGGAUUAUCAGAUGAAUGAUUCAAACUUCAUGAAAAUGAUUCGCAUAACCAAGUUUCUUUGCAGAAAGUUUAAAGAGGCUGUUCAGGGUGCUGCAGAGAGCACACUCUCAUUCCAAAAUCUUAACGAGACAGUUCAGCCUGCCAUGGUCAUUCUUUGGGAAGCAGAGGAGGCUGUUGCUCAGGCAAACAGACUGGAGGAUCCAACAGCCAUGGACAUUUAUGAGGUCUGGUUGGAAAAAGGCAAGUCUCCAACUAGAAAGCAGCAGGAGUUGCGCCUGCUGGAGGCUCAAAAUCGCCUGGAUCAUCCAGCUACCAAUUCCCCUAGUUGGCGAGGAGCAGCCACUUGGCUCGCAACUGGUCUGACCAUAGAAGAAUCCCAAAUCUCUCUCUCUAGAGAUGUGAAAAGGCUCGGAAGGCAUCCUACAGACAUUCAAUUGUUGACAGUAGCCCGACUCAGAGAUAAGCUGCAAACUCGCAUUACAAGCUUUCUUGAGAUGGCACCUACCUAUCUUGGAUUUGCAGUUGAUGGCAAUGAACAGGAUUCUCCGGUAGACACGGUUCAUAAUUCACCGGAUGAAGAUUAUUCCGAUCUCAAUGAUGAUCACAAUCCGGAAACACAUCAUGCCUCCAUCUUUCAACCUGAGCUCACUAUCUUACCUUUGCCUUCCAACCUCGGUAUAGUGAGAUGUAAUGAAUUGGGUCUCACCGAUCUCAUGAAAGAAGAAACUGCCCUUUGUGAAGGUCAGGCCAAUGACGCCCUUCAUGCAAUUAGAGUUCAUUUGGGAGAUAAAGCUGUUAUAUUCCGGAAUACUAUCCGGUCAGCCAAGUCACAAGCCUCCUCCACCAGGGCAUGGACUCAGGUUCGCUCGGUGGAAAUGGUAGUCAAUCUCAAUGCCAGGAUAUAUUCAAAAUGUCGGUUGCAGCUAGCCAAACUCCCUGAUCACGACCUCCUGAAGAAAUAUCUUCCGCUAAAGAAAGAACACCUGAAGGCAAACGCUGCAGUUGCAGAUCCAAAUGCACGUGGUCAGAGGGACGCUACUCUCGCAUGGUUCUGGUCAAUCAAUGUUCAGGGUGAUACAUCCGGAAAUGACUGGAUGACAGAAUUCUAUCGAGUCAAUUGGCUCCGGACAAAGGCCCUGUGCGAUCGUUGGAAUGAAGAGGUCAUUCUUGUCAAACAUGAAAUGCAGUGGUCUGUCAAUUUCUUUACCUACAAGGCCAAGCAAUGGCUAAGUCUCAUGGACAACGCCACUUACACUGGGCUAACCGGACAUGCGUGUUAUGCUGCCCGACAAUGUCACAUAUAUCGACAACUAGCUGCACAUGCAGCGGAGUCUUUUCAGAAAGUGAUUCCGGUCAUUCAGCCGGAAGUACCGGUUGUUAGUUCAUAG